AUGGCGGAGACGAUUCUGUACAAGAUGGCAACCGAAAUGUUGAACAAGUUGGGUUCAGCAGCUCUCCAAGAGAUGGGUCUUGCUUGGGGGAUUGCCGAAGAGCUUCACAAACUGAGAGGCACUGUCUCAACCAUCAGAGCUGUCAUUCUUGACGCGGAGCAGCAGCAAGUCACCAACCAUGAGAUUGCAGACUGGCUCGAAAAGCUCGACGAUGUAGUUUGCGACUCUGAUGACUUGCUCGAUGACUUCUCCACUGAAGUUCUGCCUCGCAAAGUGAUGGCUCAUAAUAAGUGGGCCAAGAAGUCAAAUCAGUGCCAUCGAAAAAAACUAGAUGUCAUUGACGAAGAUAGGAAGAAAUUUCACUUAGUUGAACGGUCUGUGUGGACGCAACCUGUGAAUCAUAAUAGUAAUAAGAGGGAAGAGACUCACUCUUUUGUGUGCGCAGAAGAAGUUAUUGGGAGAGAAGAGGAUAAGGCGGCAGUUGUGAGGUUGUUGUUAGACAAUGGCCUCAGCUUUCAAGAAAAUGUUUCGAUCCUUCCAAUAGUUGGAAUUGGAGGACUAGGAAAGACUUCACUUGCACAAUUAGUAUACAAUGAUGAGAAGGUCACUCAACAAUUUACAAUGAAGAUGUGGGUGUGUGUUUCUGAUGUUUUCAAUGUAAAAGUCAUCAUGGGAAAAAUCAUUGAAUCUGCAACCUGUAAGAAACCUGAAAAUCUUCAGAUGGAUGGGAUGCAAGAUCAACUUAGGAAAGAAAUUGGUGGGAAGAAAUAUUUGCUUGUAUUGGACGAUGUAUGGAAUGAAGAUCGUGACGGGUGGCUGAAAUUGAGAAAUCUGUUGAUGGGUGGCGCAAGGGGAAGUAAAAUUUUAAGAACUACCCGCACUACACUGGUUGCAACUAUUACAGGCACAAUGCCACCAUAUCUUUUAGAAGGCUUGUCUGAGAAUGAGUCCUGGUCUUUAUUUAAGAAAAUGGCAUUCAAACAAGGGGAAGAACCGGAGAGUCCACAUCUAGUAGCAAUUGGAAAGGAAAUCGCAGAGAAGUGUGGUGGAGUUCCACUCGCCUUGAGGGCUCUUGGAAGCUUAUUAUUCUCUAAAGAUACAGAGGAAGAGUAGUUG